GCCAACCAGCGGGUGUAACAUCAAGUGAAGAGACACCGAACGGAGGAAAAAGAUAAAACAAUUAUCCUCUCUCUAUACUUUACGUAUCAGCAGCGGAGAAGACACCCGGCCACGUCCUCCCGUCUUCCGCAGGAUGAGUGUCGGUGCUCCGAGAGGCCUGGCCAGCUCGGGGCAGAAGCCCAUCGCGGAGAUCCUCCACCCACUGUCCGCCGCCGAGGAGCAGCUCUCCGUCUCCGUCACCGUCGGAGGGGACAAGGAAUCGGGGAUGACCAACGGCACGCCGGUAGAGACGUCGAGUCCCGCCUCCACGUCGUCGCUGUUCAACAGGCUGCAGCUGGACGACGAUCUGGAAGCGGAUGUGCGGGACCCCUACGCAGAAUCCUCAGAGACCCGAGACCUUUUCGUCACAGUCGACGACCCAAAGAAGCACGUGUCCACCAUGGAGACCUACAUCACCUACAGAGUCUCCACCAAGACAUCACGGGUAGAGUUUGACCUGCCUGAGUACUCUGUGCGACGGCGCUACCAGGACUUUGACUGGCUGAGGAUCAAGUUGGAGGACAGCCAGCCAACCCACCUCAUCCCUCCGUUGCCGGAGAAGUUUGUGAUGAAGGGCGUGGUGGAUCGUUUUUCAGAGGAGUUUGUGGAGACGAGGAUGAAAGCUCUGGACAAGUUCCUGAAGCGAGUUGCCGACCACCCCGUACUCUCCUUCAACCCAUAUUUAAACACUUUCCUAACUGCCAAGGACCUGAACAAGCGUCAGGGUCUGGCCCUGCUGACCAAGGUGGGCGAAUCGGUGAAGCACGUGGCCGGAGGCUACAAGCUGCGGGCGCGGCCGGCCGAGUUCUGCGCCAUGGGAGAAUACCUGGACACCUUCAACCAGAAACUGGGAACCAUCGACCGCAUUGCUCAGAGGAUCCUCAAAGAGCAGUCGGAGUACCUGACAGAGCUUCGUGAGUACGGCACCGUGUACUCCAGCUGGGUGGGAUCAGAGGAAGAGCUGCGGCGACCUCUGGAGGGCGUGGCCGGCAGCGUGACGACGUGCUGCGGGGCACUGGAGGACCUGGGUGACAGCAUGAGCCAGGACUUCCUGCCUGUACUCAGAGAGUACGUCCUCUACAUAGAGUCCAUGAAGAACGUUUUGAGGAAGCGAGACCAGAGCCAGGCGGAGUACGAGGGCCGACUAGAAGCAGCCGUAUUACGCAAACAGGAGGACAGAACGCCAAUGCCAGUUGAGGUAGAGAAAUGCCAGGACAAAGUGGAGUGUUUCAACGCUGACCUGAAGGCCGACUGGGAACGCUGGCAGAGCAACAAGAGACAAGACUUCAAACAGCUUCUCACCGGCAUGGCCGACAAAAACAUCAACCACUAUGAAAAGUGCCAAGCAGGGUGGGAGUCACUCAUAACUGUCCUCCAGGACAAACAGACUGAAGACAAAACGAGCGAGACGAACUGAAACAUCUCCUCAUGCCCUUGGCCCCCCUCUCUUUCUCUCUCUCUUUCUCUCUCUCUGUCUCUCUCUCUCUCUGUAUAACAAACUCUCUCAUGCCAAGGAAAAGGACCAACCAGGCAGCAGAUUUGAACUGCUGGACUUUGCCCCUGUUCUCCAGUGGGCUGAUUGUACGGAGGGGAGUCGUCUCUCUCAGAGAUUUCAGCUGCAAAGGAGGUAACAAAUGGUGCAUUCUAGGACAUUUGGGAAAUAAGAGAGAACUACUCUGUACAGACAUUUUCCCUUUUUUGUUUUUGUUCCUUCUUAAUGACUUUUUCUACUUCAUAUUUCCAAUUAACAGUCGGUUGCCAAUGCCACUGGUGUUUUAUUUAACCGCCGUCUCAGAGAGGCAUGUUUUCCAUCUGUUCUUUCCAAGUCCAAAUUGAGCCAAAUGUGAAGAAUAACUCUUCAGCGCUGAAGAAAACGGAUAAGAUCACGAAAUGUUGCACGAGUGUGAAGAAUGAAGUAGUAUUCAAAGCCCCCCAAUUUUCUUUUCCCUGUCAGGAUGUACAACCCUUUUUAAAAUGUAACACUGAAACAAUACUCAUGCAAUACUCUCAUCUCUUAAAGGCACCAUAUUGACCAUAAAUUUGAAUCUGGUAUCUUAUACCUAAUUUAAGUUUUUGCAAGUUUCAGCCCAUAAACUCUUAUACUUGCCAUUCCUGUUGACCUUUUUUUCACGAGUUAAUGAAUGUUAUAUUUUUUUGAUUUUCCUUGCAACCACUGUUAUAAUGAAAAUUAUCUUGCAGUGACUUGGAACUCUGUGACUCUGUGUCAUCAGAGCUUUGAACUUGUGUUCAACCACAAGAAGCGCAAUGAGCGUAGAAAAAGCAGGAGUAGCGAGAAAUGUCAAAACAAAAAACACACUGAUCGAUCCUCAAAGGGAAAUUUCAGGAUGUAUUUUUGAUCCACAUCUUAACAGAUAAAUGGACACGAAGCAAAGCCAAAAGCGAAGUGUGGUGCCUUCGAUUGUUUAGCCUAAUCAGGGAAGUGACUCUGUUAGGGGUCAUUGUGUGCUUUUUAGCACAGAUUUGGUUAUACAUUUGUGUUUUGAGCUCCGUGUAGCAGCACCACCUGGUGGUCAACAUGAUAAUAGUUUUCAUACUUUUGAAACCGGUGGCUUAACAGUGUGCUCCUUCUGUUUGGUUUCUCAUGAUAUCACUUUUUUUUUUUUUUUUUUUUUUUUUU